AAUGAACAACACUCCCACCUAGCGUUGGAAACGGUAAGUGCACAAAAAUCACUUCCCACACCUCCGGCUCUUCCUGACGUGGCGAGCCGCUAAAGGUCCUUGGGUACUCCGUGGGCUGCGGCUAUUGGUUAGAAUACCUGUUUGGCAAUUUUUCCAAAAAUGUAAAUACACAGGUGGCUGGAGGCGACAUGGGCCGGAGUGUGGUUUAUGUAAAUAAAACAGAAGUGAAACCGCGCCGCUGUGUUCUGGUUUCCACGCGCAGCAGACUCACUCAAACGCAAUGUUCGACACGCAAUCGGAGGGAAGACUUUAGAGCUUAACAAGAGGCAGGUGCCAGCUGUGCGGUCAUGCCUGUGCUCAGGGCCUCUGCGGUGCUGCAGAUCGCGCUGCUGCUCUCCGCCGUGCCCGCGCAGUACUUCAUCUCCCGGUGGAGCGGCUCCUCGGCGGCGCAGCGCUACCAUGCGACCACGCGAUUGCUUCGAAUAUGGAGAGAAUGGAGAAAAUCAUACAUGAAUGUCACUGCAUGGUCAGACUGGACAAGCCAGCAGAUGUCCAAAGCCAUGUCUCUGGUUGGAUUGGGACAGGAAGAUCAAGCGGGACAAGGGCCACCUCCCGUGGAGACCAUGCUUUUUGACAAUGACCUGGGAUUCUUUGGAGCAUCCAAGACGGCGCGCAGCCCUCGUCCCCCGUAUGUGUUUCUGCGGGUCGGAGAGGUGGUGUUGGAGACAAAAGGCCACAUGGUUGGAGUAGUGGUGAGCUGGGACCCUGAACUGCGAGCUCCUCCAGAAUGGGUUGACAGAAUGUACUCCGGCUCUGAUGACACAAGAGCAGAAAAGACACCUCAUUACAAGGUGAUCUUUGGAGGACCUGGACCCUCCUCUGUCAUAGUUGCAUACUUGCCCCAGACACAGCUGGAGCGCAUCACAGGGAUGAGGCCGGACAUUCCCACCCUGGAGAACUACUUCACGCACUUUAAUGGGAAACGCUUUGUUAUGCAGCCCUGGCUCAGAGAGCUCUUCCCCGAAGACGAGGAGGAUGAUGAGGGCGAGGACUUUUGACUCUGGAGUAUGAAAGCCUUAGCCAACAGACAGUUUCAUCCUUUGGCUUCUGUGGUUUUCUUCAGCCUGGUUCUUCUUUUUAUUUGUCUACUGGAGUCCAACGAGUGGACACAAA